AUGGGAGAUCAGCUGGAAAGUCGGGCCUCAUCCAGUGUGCAUACAGUUUUCAGUCCUCUUGUUUGUAGCGCAUCUGAGCCGUCUGUGCCUCUCUCGACUGCGUGGUGUUCUGAAGCCUUGCCCAACAGUAGCGGGAUCUCUCCCCCUGUGCAGCGUGUGUCAUCGCCUGACUACCUCACUCCUUUUCGCCCUCCCAACUCCGAGGAGAAAUCCUUUCCCCACCAACCUGGCGGCGACGCCGCCUCCACCACCUGCUCUACGCUUUCGCACUCGCUCUCUCUGGGGGCGGCCGACCUCGACAGUGCAGGUCGUCUCUCCGUCUCCGACCUCAGUCCCCCUGACGCCUCUGCAUCUGGUUUACAGGAGGAGGGCCUCGCUCCUGCUUUCUGGGCGAAAGACUGCCAGGAUGGCGGCGGACACUUUCGCCGCAUCGGCUGUGCCCCCGUAGCGGAGGGCUCCCCCUCCGUGGAGGAAGGAGAAAAGGGCAGGAACGCGGAGGCGGGGGUCGCCCUCGCGUGUGUCGCGGCGUUUGCGAUGGAGGAAACGCGACACGAUGUGUUAGGAGUUCCGAGCCUGCCGGUGGCGCGUCCCGAGGGGAUCGACGCGGGGGAGAUGCGGGAGGGAACGCGCGCGGGAUUCGACAGCUUCGCCCAGCGUGUUGAGCGGGAAAUGGGUCAGAAACCAGAGACCCUAGAGGCUGCGGCCGCCUCACAGGACGCGUCGAUGAAUCUCUUCGGUGAAGUCCGCGUGGAGGGAGCCGACGCAGGAUCACGCGUCCUUGAAACGGCGAACGAAGCGGUCUCAUCUGUCGCUUCUCCGCCGCGCGAGGCACGACAUGCAAACGCGACGAGUUCUCCGUUCCGCUUGCGCCUGAGUUCUCAACGCUACAAGAAAGUUGCUGUGAAAGAGUCUCUCGUUCAAGAGGGGGCGUUUUUGUCACCUCUCGAGGCGCACGAGGCGCAUGCGCCGUUGCUAGAGGCCUUGCCCCGUCGCGGAGCGCAGGAAGAAGAAGACGAAAAUCUCUCAACCGUCUCGGCUUCCCCCGCUGGUGACUUCACCGCUGAGGAUUUCUUGAUGCACACCGCCUCCUCUCGCGCAGGGGUCUCGCGUCAUCUCGCGGGGUUGUCUGUCUCCUCUUCUACUCACUUGGAAGCGGUGCGCCUGUCUGCCGAAGCUUCGCCCCGCGGAGAGUCGGGCGUGUCUCCGUCCGUCCGUUCGCGCUCGAGGCGACGGCCCGCGUGUGUGUCUCCGGGGCGCCACGCGGCCGAGACUGCCGCGAGGACGCCGACCUGCGGCAACCAAGUGUUGACUCCGGUAGAACAGUGUGUCGUCGCAGGCGAGGACAGACUCACUAGCGACGCGUCUGACGCAGUUUCCGGCUGUACAUCCGGUGACGCUCAAGGAGUGUCUCGGCGCGCACCAGAGCGUGUGCAGUGUGUGACAGCAGAAGCCGGCGAACUCGUCUACAGGCCGACAAAAGACGCGGACUUCGCUCUCCAAGCGUCGUCGCCUGCGCGCCGCGACCGGUCUCCGCCGGCGCUUUCGCAGCAGCACGUGGGUUCCUGUGCGGCGAGCGUGGGCAGCACGUCGAUUGGAGACCCGUGUGGCGGGGCGGGCAGUGUCUCCGAAGUCCCCUCGCCGUUGGCGCCGUCUUCGGUCAGUUUCGCGGGCAGCUACGAGGCGUCCUCUGGCUGCGGCGCGAGCAGCCGCCUCUCGAUGUGCUCCAGCGCGUGGGCGGAGGGGGCGGAGCAGCUGUCGUCGGGCGGAGGCAGCCAGGAGGUCUCUGCAGGCAGCGUGCUCGCGACCCGGAGCCCAGACCGCAGAGCCUCUCGCGCGUCUCGUGGCGCGGGCGCCGAGCGAAGGGGACGAGGAGGGAAUGGUGGUGGGGUCUCCGAUGGUCUCCACCAUCAGCUGCUCGGCGGGGUUCGAGGCGGCGUGCAACAGCAGAGACAGCUUUCUUCUUUAGGAGGAGGCGGCGCUGCUGCUGCUGCAGGGCGCGAGAGGCCGCCCUACCGCCAUGGGUACCAAGGCUACCAAGCUGUGGGAUGUGCAGCCUCCGCGCCACAGGCGCUUUUCGCUGAAGGCGCCGGUGCUCUCUCUCCGGCGGCGGUGUCUAGCGCGCACCGCGGCAGAUCCCGAGGCUCCGGCUCGCACCACAGUCUGCAUGCGUCGGCGCAUCUAUAUCCUGUCCGCGACUUUUCGGCGUCGCGCCGCGGGGACGACUCCCGUGGCGCAGGACGAAGGAGACGCGACCUUGAUUGGGGGGAGAGCAACGAAAGCCCCGGCGUCGCUGGGGGCGUAGCCGCGACCGGAAGGACGAGGGACUUCCGAGCUUGCGGUGAGACGCGCCGAGGCCCCGAGCGAGAGCCUGACACUGCGUGUGGAGCUGCGCUCGAGGCAGGGAAGACUGGUGCCAUUCGGGACGGCGAGAUCGCUGGCGAAGGCGCGGAAGCGGAGGGCUUGAUGCUCGAGUGCGAAGAGGAAGUCACUGCCUCGUUUUCGCUUUCCUCGUGUCUCCUCUCGAUGGCCUCUGCUGCGCGUCCCGGGACGCCAGACCAGUCCCACUACGUCCGCGUCUUGACUACGUCCGCGUCGUCGUCUGUUCGCCUUUUCAGCUCCGUGUCGUCUUCAUCUCCUCUGUGCGCGCCCUCGAAGAAGCGAGCGAAGGACUUUGACAGCGACCAAGAAGACCUCGCGGAGAGAGCUGAGGAGUGCGCUGAGGCACCCAGAGGCUCUGGAAAGCCGACACAGGAUGAGGGGGCGUUGCUCAACUGUGGUGGAGCCCAACCCCAGGGACCGAUUCCAGGAGAGACGACCGCGGUCGGGGGAGAGGGCGGCAUGCAGGGGACAGCAUUUCUCGAGGUGCCUUCAGGCCAGCCCGCAGGGCGAGGCCACAGUAGAAGACAGAAAACUGCGAGCCGCAGUCGCCACAGCAGCGCUGCGAGAAGAAAAGGCGAGCAGCAAUCUGGGAGAGGCGGAAAGCAGCCGUCGGGGUCGCGUGGCCGUGGCGUGAACCAGCGGCACCGAGGCAGAGGCGAAUCGACAAACUCGUGUGCCGUGAGACUCACAGCCGAGGUCCUUCUGCAGCUGGAGGAAAUGAGCGCUGCAAGCGUGGGUUCUCCAUCGACAGCCUUCCCGUCGCUUUCGCUAGGAAGCGGCAGUUCUGCCUCAGCGCACGUCGCGUUUCGCGGCUCGGCGCCCUCGGCAACGACCUCCUCUUCGUCUCUCCGCUUGCCUGCCGGGGCGACUGGCUCGCUCGCUUUGGGGGCUUCCCGCGAGAAGGACGACGAAGACUUCUUCUGGUUGGUCAAGCGUCGCGCGGAGGCACUCCGCGAGCAGUCGGGUGAAGGAAGACGCCGGUGUGCGGCCUUCCAGCGCGCGGAGGGCCUCGUCUCUUCGUGCCGCGGCUCUACGCAGCAUCAAGGAGCGGAUGGCGGCGAGAAGCUCGUCGACGGCGACCAGUCGACUCCGCCGCUGGCGCCUGCGAACUUCCAUCUCCCGUCGCUCGCGAUGGCGUCGGUGCGAGGCGCGGAUCUCUUACUGCCCUCUGGAGUUACGUGCGAAGAGCUCGCGAGCGCUCGGCGGGAACGAGGAGACGCGGCCGCGCCCGCCGCACAGCGGCUGCGCGCCCGCGACGGCGGAGACGGGAGACAGUCUGGGCGCGGGGCGGGAAGCGACCUCACCCUCCUCUCUCCGUUUCCCUUCCACGCUUCUGCUGCACAGGUAGAGAGGCGAGGCGACGUGAGUCGAGGCCCCGGGGGCCAAGAGGACGACUGCGCCUCGAGCGGGAGUCAGGCGAGCAGCGAGGAGAGCACCAAAGGGACUGUGAACCACAAAUGCAGAGACGACAACAAGCACAUCAACUUGUGCGCGAAUCCGUCAGACAUGUGGUAUGGCUUGAUGACCUCCGAUGGAAAGCCGGUGUGCGUGAGGCCACGUGCCAAUCGCUGGCACGCGAACAACUCGCGCAGACAGAGGAAGCAGCACAAGGAGAUGCAGAAACGGCUUCUCGCGCAAGCGCAGAAUGCUGCAUCGCCGCCACAGAUCUCUUCCCGCGCCGUUCCCCCUGCUCACCACUACGCAAAGAAAGGUGGGGGGGCGUCGUCUUCGCAUUUCCAUUUUCCAGGGAGUUUGCGCGCGUCGCAUGCGCCCGGCGCUGGAGAAGGCGCUUUCCCCUCUCAGCCAGGCGGAGGACAUGGCGCUCUUUCUCUAGGAGGCGGGACGCCGUCUGCGUCUCUUGCGCAUCUCGCUGUGCCCGCUGCCUCUGGCUUCGGCGGACUCGGUGCGGGAGCUGCAGCUGCGAGUCGAGGGGCGGAGAGUUUCUCGCUGUCGCUGCCCUCGGUCUCGCCCUCUCCAGCGCCGGAGGGGGGUCGAGGAGCUGCCGCGGCGGCAGUGGGACCUCAGCAGAGUAGCCAGAAUCCGCGAGAGCGAGGCAGCGGGAGCCACCACCGCCACCAGCGUCGCCAGCACAAGAAGCGAGGCAGGUCGUCCUCAUCAACUGCAGCCGUGGUGGGUAUCUCGGCGUCGCCGUCGUCUUCGGCCUCCGCAUUUCCGCUGUCCCCACCCGCCUUCCCUCUCGUGGCGUCUUCGUCGUCCUCGUCGUCCUGCCCGGUCGGAGGCGGCGCGCCCGGCACCGCGACCGCUGCGGGGACAGGGGGCGCAGGAGCCGGUGGCGCCUUGCACGCCGUCGCCGCGCAGCAGCACGGCAGCAGCCGCGGGCGACGGAGACACCACCACCGCCACCACUCGAAGAAGGGCAUUCCCGCGGCGCAGGGAGCCAAUGGAAGCCAGCAGGGAACCUCGGCAGCCUCACACGCCUUUCCGCUGCACGCGCCGACCAGCAGUGGAGCCUUAGGCGGCGUCACUUCCCAGGUCGAGAGAGGCCGAGGGGGCGAGGGUGGCAUGGCGAUGAGCGCACAGGGCUCCAGCGGCGGCGCCGUUCCCCCCAUCGAUGUGGAGACUGCCAACGCAUUUCCGUGCGCGUCGAACACGGGCAGAGCGGACGGCGGCAGUCACUGCAAUCGGGUAGUCUUCGUCUCUGCGCACGCAGCAGCUGCGGCUGGAGCUGGACACUUCUCCGGGGUCGGCGGCGGAGGUGCCGCCUCCGGAAUGCCUGUGACGCGCCAGGAGCGCGCCUUUUCGACGUCUCUCUCUUCUUCGCCGCGUCCCCCUGCGGGGCGUGGUGCCGGCGUCGCUCCGGCAGGUGGCGCCGUGGAGGGCCGGGGCGGGCAGCGGCCUCUGCGCCGCGCGCGCCUGGACGAAGCAGGCUCCUUCGUGCCGAUUUGCGCUCCCGGGAAGGCGACAGGAAGCCGGGCGCCGCAGCAGGCGUCCACGCACGCCGCGGGCGAGUUCAAAGUCCCGCGACCCGUCGUCUUUCCGCCGGGCGACAGACGCCACCGCCUCCCCAAGAGCCACCGCCCAGCUGCUGGAACUCAACUGGCGCCAGUCGCCGCGACCGGCGGCGCCGGCGCGGCGCCUGGUGUGGUGCAUGCGGAGGCCGCGGGCGCCGGGCGCCCAGCGAGCGGCAGCCUGCGCCACGAGCGGGAGUCAGGAUUGUUUGCGCGACCUGAGGAGGACGAGGCGAAAGUGCCUGCGGACACUGCGAGCCGGGCCUCGCGUCCCCUGCCCUCCUACGGCGAUCUCGAGGGGUACGAGGACGCGCAGAAUGCAGGGCGUCGCAGGAGUCUCCGCGCAGGCGAGCAGGGCGCCGCGGCGUCCUUCCCGCCCUCCGAGGAGAGUGGGAACCGUCAGGCAACGCUCGAGAGUCGCGGCCGCGAGCAGCGCGCGGCCGCGUGCCUCCUGCCGUCUGUCUCCUUGAGCUCCAUUCCCCCCGCGACUCUCUCUUCGUCUGCGACCUCUCUCCCCUCCGCGGGCGCGUCGCCUUCCGCGGCAGCCUCAUCUGCUCAGCACUCCGAGCCGAGCCCCGCCUACGGGGUAGUGGUGGAGACCGGGACGGUCGGCGUGCCCUCGUCAGCCUGUCUCUUCCCUUACGCGCGCAAGAAUGCCUCCGGGGGCGCGUCGCUUCCGCCCGCCGCAGAACGGCGCCGAAGCGGAAGCGCCGGCAGUCGCCGCGGCGGAGGACGCAGCGACAGCGACAAGAAGCGCGGCGAGAAGAAAGCGAAAAAAUCGACUGCUGGGGAAAGCCAGAGACCCUGGGCGAGCGCCAGAGAGCGAGUCCAGUGGCAACUGGCGAAGAGCCGCGGCCUCAUUUGA